CCAGGUAAAACCCUGAAACGCGACGCUCAAACGAUACUCCAUUAAACCCUGAAUCCCGAUUUGGGUCACAAUCACCGUAUCGAUUCAGUUUGUGCUGGGAGAAGAAGGGUCAGAGCGAGAGUGAGCAGAGAUGCAGAUUCUUGCACGGAAUCUAGUACGGAGACUAUCAAGUAAACAUGUCACGGGUCGCUAUGGUUAUUCCACUAUGAAGGUCCUUGACAUCGGACAGCCAACUCCGGCAUCUCAUCCUCAUCUAAUGGCAGAACGAGAGCUGACACCCGGUAUAGGCGUGGAGGAAUACAUCGGUAGAAGAAAAAGGCUGCUGGAACUUCUUCCUAAGAACAGCUUGGCCAUAGUUGCUUCAGCCCCCGUGAAGAUGAUGACAGACGUGGUUCCAUAUACGUUCAGACAAGAUGCAGAUUACUUGUACAUAACUGGCUGCCAGCAACCAGGUGGUGUGGCAGUUUUAAGUAAUGAGCAUGGUUUAUGCAUGUUCAUGCCGGAAUCAACUCCUGAUGACGUUGCUUGGCAAGGACAGAUAGCCGGGGUUGAAGCUGCAUCCGAUGUGUUCAAGGCAGAGCAAGCAUUUCCAAUUAGCAAAUUACCCGAGAUUCUUUCAGACAUGAUAAGAAGCUCUUCUAAAUUGUACCAUAACGUUCAAACAGCCUCGCAGAAGUACACAGGCUUGGAUGAGUUUCAAAAGGCAGCAUAUACAGGAAAAGUGAAAAACUUUUCUAGUUUGACUCAUGAACUGAGAUUAAUUAAAUCUCCAGCUGAACUCAUAUUGAUGAGAGAGUCUGCAGCUACUGCUUGUCAGGCUCUUCUGCAAACAAUGCUACAUUCAAAAGGGCAUCCUGAUGAAGGCGUCUUGUCAGCCAAGGUUGAGUAUGAGUGCCGGGUAAGAGGUGCUCAGCGAAUGGCUUUUAACCCUGUGGUCGGUGGUGGACCUAAUGCCAGUGUUAUUCAUUACGCUCGAAAUGAUCAGAGAAUAAAAGAUGGUGAUCUUGUUUUGCUGGACAUGGGUUGUGAGUUACAUGGUUAUGUUAGUGAUCUUACUCGUACAUGGCCACCUUGCGGUAAAUUCAGUCCUCUCCAGGAGGAGCUAUACGAUCUUAUACUUGAGACAAACAAAGAGUGCAUAAAGCUAUGCAAGCCCGGUACAACCAUCCGCCAACUAAAUGCGGUCUCGACCGAUAUGCUGUGCAAAGGAUUGAUGAAGAUGGGCAUUUUGAAAAAUCAAAGUCUGUAUCACCAACUGAAUCCAACCUCCAUAGGUCACUACCUGGGUAUGGAUGUGCACGAUUGCUCCUCCGUGGGAUAUGACCGUCCUUUGCAACCCGGUUUCGUGAUAACGAUUGAGCCAGGAGUCUACAUCCCAUCUUCAUUCAACUGCCCGGAGAGGUACAAAGGGAUGGGGAUAAGGAUCGAGGAUGAGGUUCUCAUCACAGAGACAGGCUUCGAGGUGCUUACGGGUUCGAUGCCUAAAGAGAUCAAACACAUAGAGGUCUUGCUGAAUCAUCACUGCCGUGAAAACGCAGCCGCGGAGUUUCGUGGGUGACUGAUUUAUCCGUACGGAUACGGACCCAUCUGAUUCAGUUCCCAUUCGAAACUGAUGAUUCUUCUCAGCUUCUGUUUGUCCGAAACAGUUUUCGGUUCUUACAUGAUGAAGUCCCUAAACUAAAUAUUCUUUUAUAUUAUGUUAUAUCUUUUAAUUGCAUUAUUUUAUUUGGUUUAUAUUUAUUGAGACA